CUCCGCCCCUCGGGCUCAGAACUUGCACCAGGUGCCGGCGGUCGCCGCGGGAGCGUGAGUGCUGGGCGCAGAGCUCUAGGACGCGUUGUCGCCGCACAGACCCCUUUGUGAGUAGCAGACCGGCCUGGAGGCUGGGAGCCAAACACCCACGUCUGCAUGCUGAGGAAGAUGGGGGAGGCCGUGGCCAGAGUUGCAAGGAAGGUCAACGAGACUGUGGAAAGCAGCUCAGAUACCCUGGACCUGGCCGACUGCAAGCUUGUUUCUUUCCCCAUCUGCAUCUACAAGGUCCUGAGGAACGUCUCUGACCAGAUCCACCUCAUCACGCUGGCCAACAAUGAACUCAAGUCCCUCACCAGCAAGUUUAUGACCACCUUCAGUCAGCUUCGAGAGCUACGCCUGGAGGGCAACUACCUCUAUCGCCUCCCCAACGAGGUCAGCAGCCUGCAGUACCUCAGGGCCAUCGACCUGUCCCGGAACCAGUUUCAAGACUUCCCAGAGCAGCUGACUACCUUGCCUGCGCUGGAGACCAUCAAUCUGGAGGACAACGAGAUAGUGGAUGUUCCGGUGGAGAAGCUGGCCGCCAUGCCAGCUCUGCGCACCAUCAACCUGCGCCUCAACCCCCUCAGCGCCGAGGUGCGUGUGAUUGCCCCGCCACUCAUCAAGUUUGAUAUGCUCAUGACUCCAGAGGAUACACGGGCCCCUCUGCCUUAGGACACGGUCCUGUGCUCACUCAGCAAGGGACAAAGGAUACUGGCCUGCCGCCCUGAGAGGAGGGAGGUCCAUGGGAAACCAAGCUGGGAAGCGGGGUGGGUGGGCCAGGCAGCAUACAGAGGGAGGGGCACAGCUAAGCCAGGGUGGGGAUAGCUUAGCACUGUAGGAGCCCUGGUGCUCCAGAGGGAGGAGGUAGGUGAGGCUAGAGCGAGGCUCAGGGCACUCACAACUGCUGUGCUGAUUUGGGUAGGUCUCUUGCUCUCUCUCUGAGCUUGGUUACUUGGGAGGAGGAAAAAUAGCGACAAAUCUUUCCUGCAUGGGACUCUUCAGAGGUUCUGUCCCCACACCGGGAGUCGGAUGCCCUCUACGCUCACGGAUGAGCCUUGCUGGCAUUUUCUGGACCUUGCGAUUUGAAGCCUUGUUUCUAGUGGGAGAGCCAGGCACCAUCCUGAGGAGACCACCUCUGUCUAAUUAUCGCCUUCUGUGGACUGAACACAGCGACACCUGUCAUGUUGCCUGGCCAUCGGGCUCCCUGGACUGGUUGGAGCCUGAACCAGGAGUUGGAAUGUCUGGAUACUGGUUGGGCCCUGCGGCAGGAGUGUUUAUGAAAGAACCCUUAGACAUCUGGCCAGGGUACAGAGGGGCAGCUCCAGGCGGCUCAGUCUGCCUUGUCCCAAGACAUUGUGUGAAAGACUUUCUACAUACUCCCUGAGAAUGACCUGGCAUGGGCAGGCAUUCCCUGCAGGGCCACAGGAGAGGUGGCCCAGAGAAGACAAAGCCAUUUGCACUUGUGACUGUCACCCGAGGUCCUUAGGUGACCUCCUUCACCAUGGCCUUCCUCACAUGAUCUCCCUCUAAUGACAACCUGGUUGCCUUGUCCUGGCCCAGUACCACCAACCUCAAGGCUAUCACCAAAAUGACCUACCAUCUUGAUGACCUUUGCCUGUGGUCUAGGGGCUACCAGCUGCCCCAGUAUGCCCAGAAUGGUGGCAUUUCCCAGGAGGUAACUGGGCCCUUGCCCCCUGAUAAGGUCUGUGCUUGGGGCUAUCCCUAACCCCCUCAAUCUCCGUGUGUCUACCUCCUCCCCUGAGCAGCAGGCCUAUCAGCUGCUCCCAGACCUGGCUGCUCUACACCUUUGUGGAGGUCUGUGGAGGUCCCAGGACACAGGCAGGGGUAAGCCACUUUGUCUCCAACAUUUUGCUGUUUAGAACUCAAGCUGUUGUUCAGAGACCCACCACAGAGUUUGUCUGGGUCCCUGUGUCCUCACAGUGACUCUUGGUAAGGUUCCUGGCUCUUGGUAAGGUUGCCAUGGGUAACCAUAGUGUCAUGGCUGUGUAUCCUAAAAGAAACCUUGGCCAUUUCCUCUCUCAUCCCAAGACCAGUCGUCCGGGUAAGGAAGUAGACACAGGACCCAAGCAAGGGCUGUGUGCAGGCCAGGCUGGACUGGCUCCUCCCUCCCACCCUCUAUCCCUGAGUUGGGGGUUUCACCUUGUCAAGGAAGAGGGUUGUAAGAGCCUGCCAACUCCAAGUGUUGAUAAGCUAACACCAGCUUGCUAGAAACACAGCCUCCAGGGGUGUACAUGUGUGAUCCAGGAGGGGCGGGGGGUGGGGGUUGAGACUGUAGCAUUGUGGGUUCGAGGCCAGCCUAUACUGUAUAAUGAGAGCCUGUCUCAGCACAACAACAGCAGACAAAGUAGAAGAAGAGUGUCGGGCACGGUGGUGCCCUCUUGUAACCCCCGUCCUCCGAAAGUAGGAGCAGAAAGAUCAGGAGUUCUAAGCCAACCUUGGCCUAGAGUAAAGGGUCCCUGGGCUAUGUGAGACCCCAUUUCAGUAAAGGAGAGGGCAAGUACAGUGCACAGCCUCCCACCUCACACUGGCUGUGAGUCGGAGCUGUGUUUCAGCAAACACUGAGGCUGAUCCUUCCAGGAAUGUCAGUUUGAGCGACAGCAGAGGGCCUGGGCGACCUGGGCACGUGCAGAGUGAAGGCUGUACCCCUCCUCCACUUCCUUGGAUCGGAGCAUAUGCUCAGCCUCCCCCUAACUCAGCACCGGGAGACCGCUGCACCUCAGAUCAUUUCCCCAUCUUUGUGUCACUCAGUGGUCUAGCUAGUGAUGACAAGUGAUGGUUAGGCACGUCCUGUCUUCCCAUCCGACCUCUGGUUAUUCCCGCAUGCCAACUGGGGUUGUUCCUGGAAGUCGUUCUCUACGCUGCCUAGACAUUAUGAUGUGGCCUGUCUAGACAAGCUUGAGCAGUCAGAACCUUCCAGAUCCAGGCUCAGAGUGUGAAGAAGCCCUGCGCUGCUUCAGCCUGCAAUAAAAGACGCUGUGCUGGUCUCAUCCA